UUCUCUUUCCCGCCCCCCUUCUAAGCGCCGCCGCCGCUGGUGGGGAUACGAGUCUGCCGCGCCGCCGCCGCCGCCAUGAGCCGCCGGGCCUCAGUCAGCGACUGCCUGCGGGACUGGGAGGACCUGCAGGACGCCUUCCAGCGCGUGCAGGAGACUCACAGGCUGUACAAGCAGAAGCUGGAAGAGUUGACCAAACUCCAGGACGGGAUUUCCAACUCCAUUACCCGGCAGAAGAAGCAGGUGAAGGAGCUGUCGCUGGCCCUCAAAAAGUGCAAGACCUGUCUUGCUGACCAGGAAGAAAAGAAAGAGGCCAUCCAAGAGCUCGAGGGUAUGAUCAAAGAGCGGCAGAAUGUCUUCUUCGAAAUGGAGGCCUACUUGCCCAAGAAGAACGGGUUGUAUUUGAGUCUUGUACUAGGGAACGUGAACGUGACUCUGCUCAGCAAGCAGGCAAAGUUUGCGUAUAAGGACGAGUAUGAGAAGUUCAAGCUGUACCUCACCAUCAUCCUGCUUAUCAUCUCGUUCACGUGCCGGUUCCUCCUCAACUCCAGGGUGACGGAUGCUGUCUUCAAUUUCCUCCUGGUCUGGUACUAUUGCACUCUGACCAUCCGGGAGAGCAUUUUGAUCAACAAUGGAUCCAAGAUUAAAGGCUGGUGGGUUUUUCAUCACUACGUCUCCACUUUCCUUUCCGGCGUCAUGCUGACCUGGCCAGACGGGCUCAUGUACCAGAAGUUCAGAAAUCAGUUCCUCACCUUCUCCAUGUACCAGAGCUUUGUCCAGUUCCUUCAGUAUUACUACCAGAGCGGUUGCCUGUACCGGCUGCGAGCCCUGGGGGAACGGCACACCAUGGAUCUCACUGUGGAGGGUUUCCAGUCGUGGAUGUGGAGAGGCCUCACCUUCCUCCUUCCCUUCCUCUUCUUUGGACAAUUCUGGCAGCUUUACAACGCUGUCACUCUCUUCCAACUGGCCAGACACCCAGAAUGCAAAGAGUGGCAGGUGCUGAUGUGCGGCCUUCCCUUCUUCAUCCUCUUCACCGGCAACUUCUUCACCACUUUGCGAGUCGUUCACCAGAAAUUCCAAGACAAGGCCAAGGCGAAGUGAGGGUGGCCUUCCAGGGCCUGCUCCGCCUCCCCCCUCUUGCCUCCCUCCUGCCCAAAUGUUUUGCCAUCUGGUCUUCUGUCAUCCUUCACCCUGCUGAGUGGAGUGUGUGUGGGGGGUGAGGGGAACGCUGGUCCCGCUGCCCUCACCCUGAUGAUCUGCUCGGCGUCGAGUGUCCCUCCCCAACAGCCGUCCGGCGAACUUUUUUUCUUGAAACGAAGUGGCGCAUGAACCGGCGACCUCCUACACCUGGCCUUCUCUGCUGAGAAUGGGAGACUUCAUUUUCGGCCACAGGGACAUUCAAGGAUCACGGACGCAUGCUGGAGGCCGAGAGCAGCUCCUUGGGGGCACUGCUCUCUCUCUCUCUUUGGAAACCUCCUCUGUGACUCCUCCCAGUGGUCUCCUUGCUCCAGGGGAUUGCCAACAGCCUUCCAAACCUUUCUGAACCCAAACGCUAACAGUGGGCAAUUGGACGGAGAGCAGGUUCAACCUAGGGCAUCUGAAGUGUGAGGUAGCAAGGAUGUGGGUGACCUUUCUCUUCGUUUGGACCCAGGUUGCAAGCACGAGGAGGGGGCGGAAUUGUCUUUGUGCAGAGCACCACUUCCUGCCUUGGGGCGAUGCUUUCUCGAGAGCGACCCUUUCCCGUCUGUGCUUGAGUUCCACCCUUGCUUGCCUUCUGAGGUGGGGUCAGCAAAAGGCCCCGAUCUUUCAUUGCAUGCAGUUUCUUCUGUCUUGCGACCAAAGGAGGUUUCUUGGCGGUGGGCUGAGGGAAGGAACUGCUCGCUGCUUCUUGCUGGCCAGAGGUCCAGCACUGCUGUCGCUGAAAAGCCUGCAGGAAAGGUUUGGCGAGGUGGGGAUCAGGAAGCGGCUUCGGCUGUGUUGGGGCCUCCUGUCGCGUCCAAAACUUUGUGGUGUGCUUUGUGUAUACGUAGGUAUGUGCGUGUGCAAAGAAUGUACCCUUGUCGUUUAAAAAAAAAAUUAAAAUGUUGGAAUAAAGGGGGGGGAAAGGGAAAUGCUUGUUGGUGGUUCUCCUGCCUUUCAGUCAAGAGGGGAGAGGAGGCUAGUGGGUUGUGGUUCAAAACUGGCUGUAGGGGUUGAAUAUGUUUCUAGGUAGAGAUUGAUUGCCGUCCUGGGCUCCUUCUGGGAGGAAGGGCGGGAUAUAAAUUUAAUAAUUAUUAAAAAAAACCCACAAUCUGCCAAUCUCCUUUUGAGAAAACUAGCAGGUGCACAACCAUUCACCGUGGCAGUUGUCUUAAGUACAGGGGUAGUCUCUAAAAAAUGAAACACUGAUUUGUAGUAAAUUCCCACCUAUAUCCCACGAGUUCUGCUGGGUUGCACGUUGCUUGCCUGGACUGAGCAGAAAGAGGGGUGUAUGUGGAGAAUGUAGCCCACUGUACACACAGGUUACUGUUACGACCAACUCGUGCGUGUGGGGCAACAGGAGUGCUGUCCUAGGUGAGCCCCCUUCCCCUUUGGCCUGAACGAGCAACCAAGCUGUAAUUACGUUCCCAGUUUCGCACCAAAACAUGCAGUGUUGGCCAUUAUUAGCUUUAAAAGGAAAGUGGGCCACCAUCUCCUCCCACCUGUCAAUCAUGAAAGAUCUCUCCCCCCCCCCGUAGCAGUCCAUAGGGAGUAACGGCAGCGGAGACCUGCUCGCUGACCCUAGAAGUGUCUUUUCGAUUCACCAAUUCGUGGGGUGGUGCAUCGGUGGAUGUUAAGACACACCCCACCCUAGGAAAUCCCAACGACAAAAAAGCAAGGUUUGGUAGCUGGUUGGCUACCGUAAGAACCUAUUCAGAAGGGAUCCCAACGGAAGCACCACUCCAGUUCCAACUGCACAAGCCCUCACACACCACACACAGAGAGAGAAAGGAGGCAGAGCAAAAGAAUCAGGGCUUGCUUUAUUCCAAGAGAAAGUCUCCUUAGAAUUAUGCACAUUCAGUGGACAAUCUGCUUGGCCGACUCUCAACCAAGACACGUGCCCUCAGGUGGGCGGUGGUAACAUCAAUGUGGACCGCACUGGCAUGGGGCUGGGGGAGGCAGCUGGCUGUGGAGAAGAGCAACAUCAGGACUGGGAAAUACCACAACUGGGCUUGGCCCCGGCCCACUACUUCCACGGCAGGCACCCCUGCAAGGGACCAGGGUGGCGGGAAGGCUGGGAACUGGAGAACGGAGAAAAUGACACUAACGAAAGCGGGUUCCGGGCAGGCAUAUGCUCUCCGCCAGCCUGGACU